CCCUACCCUCUUCAACACAAUCUCAAACACACACAACCCUUGAAGAAGAAGCAUAUCAUCAUCAUCAUCAUCAUCUUCGAUCGAAGAUUGAAGCAUGCUUCCAGCUGAGAUCACAGGAACCCAGAUUCCAAUUCCCGCUAACUUUGGCAUGAUGCAGAGCAACACACCAGACUUUUACUUCAAUAGAUUCUUAACCAACUUACCCAACUCCCACUUCUCUUCACAGUACUGCAGUAUGAGCAACAACUCCAGCACUUCUGAUGAAGCUGAGGAGCACCAACUCAGCAUCAUCGAUGAAAGGAAGCAGAGGAGAAUGAUUUCUAACAGAGAAUCUGCUCGCAGAUCACGGAUGAGGAAACAAAAGCACCUUGAUGAACUCUGGUCGCAGGUGCUCAGGCUUCGAACAGAGAACCGCAAUCUGAUAGACAAGGUGACUCAUGUAACUGAGUGCUAUGACAGGGUUCUUCAGGAGAAUGCAAGACUCAAGGAAGAAGCUUCUGAUCUUCGCGAAAUGCUUACAAACCUGCAAAUCGGCAGUCCUUACACUACUCCUACUUUCAGAGAUUUGGAAGAGGUCGUCCCUUGCAACGCUGCUCAUCUCAGAGCUGAAUCCUCAAACCAAUCCAUCUCUAAUUCUGUAGACUUGCUUCAUUAAGAUAUGUCAUGGGGGGGGGGCUCUUUUUUUUUUUUUCCAUAAUAACCAGUCUAUGUUUCUCAUGUCAUGUGUUUGUGUGCGAAAAUAGACCUUCCAAUAACAACUUCU